UGCGCCUUUCGUUCUAAAACCUGUCUUUUAACCCUAAAACCCACUUUCCGAUAGUUGCAGCUGUUUUAGGGUUUUAGGGUGUGGUUGGAUUGGGAGUGUUGGUGGCAGAAAAUCAAACGGUCUCAUUUCGGAUACGCAGCAAGGAGAGAAAUUCUGUAGAAGCCUUGAUAGAGUGUUACAUGUUUUGAUUUGCAUCUCUUAGCUUCCGCCACACAGGUUACACUAUUCACUAUUCACCUUACUAUUCAAAAAACAGCAACUCUUUUUGAACAUUGAACUACGGUUGAAUGGAGGCACCUUUGGUAAAUGAUGAUACAAUGGUUGACAGUGAAGCUGAAGACCUGGGAGGGGAAAUGUCACCAUCUGACUCAGAAUCUGAAGAAGAUGUUAAAUUAGCUGAACCGUCUAAAAAUGCGGUAUAUAACAGAGAUGCUUUAUUAGAUAAACUUGGAGACAUCAGCUGGCCAGAGAAUGUGCAAUGGAUACACAAACUAUCCAUUGAUAUUGAUCAGGAGCAAGAAGUAGAUGUCAAUGAUGACUUGGCACGCGAGCUUGCGUUUUACACACAGGCAUUGGAGGGAACUAGGCAGGCAUUUGAGAAACUUCAGUCAAUGGGUCUCCCUUUCCUGAGGCCUGCAGACUAUUAUGCAGAAAUGGCGAAGACAGAUAACCACAUGGAAAAGGUGAAAGGUCGGCUAUUAGCAGAGAAGCGGAGGAUGGAAGAGGCUGAAGAGAGAAGAAAGGCCAGGGAGGCAAAGAGAUUGGCCAAAGAGAUUCAAGCCCAGAAAUUGAAAGAAAGGGCUAAGCAGAAAAAGGAGGAUAUCGAAUCUGUUAAGAAAUGGAGGAAGCAGAGGCAACAGAGUGGGUUUGCUGACAGUGCCAAUGAUGCAGAUAUUGGUCUGGACUUUGAGGAUGGAAAAGUAUUCGAGAGGUCAAAGGGGAAAAGGCCAGGAGUGUCUCCAGGUGAUCGGUCAGGAGGGAAGGCAAAGCAAGCCUUUGGAAAAGGAAAGAAACAGAAGAAGAGAGAUGUUAAGAAUUCCAAAUUUGGUUUUGGAGGCAAGAAGGGAUUGAAGAAGCAGAAUACAGCUGACACCAAUUAUGAUUUUAGUGGUUUCAAGAAAGGCGCUGCCGCAGGAAAUAAGAAGAGAAAGAGGUAAAAUACAAUCGUUGAUUUGUUUUGUGAGGAAGCAAUGUCAUGGAAUGUGCCAAUGUUGGUGGUAUCCUGGGAAUUUUCAUAUAAUAUUUCAGUUCUACUUCCUAAAAUGACUUAUGGUAACUUCAUAAGCUUUAUCGACAAUUAUCAAUUCUUAUAUAUCUAUUCCAACGCUUUUUUUUAAAUGAUCUGUUACUUUAUGCUCUCCAUCGCUAACGGGUAUACGCUGUGGCUCUUUUGAGUCCAAGACAAUGUAAUGUAGGCAUAUAUAU